AUGGCGGACACGACUGUGAAGAAAGCAGAAGAGGCACAGCCGGCUAAAGCAACACCUGCCACCACUGCCCCUCCUCCACCCGAGGUUGCAUCGGAUCCCGAAGAAGACGACCUUUCUGACCUUGACGACGUACUGGAUGAAUUUGCGAACACCAAGCUUGAUACCAAAGCACCGACGGCCUCAUCAAUAGAGGCUGCGUACCCCAAAUCUGACAAGGCGCCCUCAUCCUCCGGACCUGGCAGGCCGCCUGAAGAUGUCUCACCAGCAGACCUGUUGCUUGAUGACCAGGAAGAAUUUCAGAAACAGUUACAAAAGGAAAUGGAGCAGCUCCUUGGGCAAGGCGAUUUCCAGAAGCAAUUUGAAGAGAUCAUGAAGGAGAUGAGUGAGGAGAUGGGGGGCGCAAACCCUCUGGAUGCUGGUGCACAUGCGCAUAGCGAAGGACAAAAGGCUGCGGGGGCACCUACUUCGUCUGAAAAGGAGACUGCUGCAAAAGCCGAGAAAAGCUUCCAAGAGACUAUCAAAAAGACCAUGGAACGCAUGCAAUCUUCGUCCGAUACUGCCGCAUCUGCCGCUGCAUCCUCCUCUCAAGAUGAUAUUCUCGCGCAAAUGCUUGCGUCCAUGGAGUCUGGUGGAUUUGGCGGUGAAGGAGGCGACGAGGACUUCAGCAAAGUGCUGAUGGGCAUGAUGGAGCAGCUUACGAACAAAGAUAUUUUGUACGAGCCAAUGAAGGAACUCGACGAUAAGUUCCCAAAGUGGAUGGAAGAGAAUAAGGCAAAAGUGGAGAAAGACGAUUUGAAGAGAUACGAGGAGCAGCAGACAUUGGUCCGAGAGAUCGUGGGCAGGUUUGAGAGAAAGGGCUAUAGUGACGACAAUGCACAAGAUAGGGAAUAUAUCGUUGAAAGGAUGCAAAAGAUGCAAGCCGCUGGCUCGCCGCCGCCGGAUCUAGUCGGCGACAUGAAUGCAGCUCAAGAAGCACUGCAGGAUAUGGACCAGGGUUGCCCAACACAGUAG